AUGUUGCUGCUGUGGGCGUUGCCGGUGGCGUUGUAUCUGUUGUACCGCUGGAGCAUCGCCACGUACGAUUACUUCGAGAAGCGGAACAUACCGUACGUGAAGCCGGUGCCAUUCUUUGGUCAGGUGUGGUCCUUUUUCACGCAGGAGAAGCAUGCCGUCGACGUCGCCUCCGAGGGUUACUACAUGUUCCCGGACACGCGCAUCUCCGGCGUGUUUACACUGCGCACCCCGGCCUAUCUGGUGCACGAUCCGGUGCUCUACAAGCAGAUGGCCAUCACCGACUUCGACCACUUCACGGACCACGUAGCGGAGCUAUCAGUCGAGCAGGAUCCACUGUUGGCGCGCUCGUUGUUCUUCACGCGGGGAGCACGUUGGCGACACCACCGUACGGGACUGAGUCCGUCCUUCACGGGGAGCAAGAUGAGAAACAUGUUCAGUCUCCUUUCAAAGAGUGCCAGUGAUGCUAUGGAGCGUUUGGUGGCAUUUUCCCGAGCUGAACCAAUCCCUAUGGAGCUAAGAGACCUCUACUCGAGACUUGGUAACGAUGCAAUGUCCUCCAUCUCGUUCGGUGUCGAGGUGGACUCGCUAACCGAUCGGGACAACGAGUUCUUCCUCAAAGGCAAUCGAUUGGCCAAGGUGGAUGGGCUUCCAGGGCUCAAAAUGCUGAUGUCCGCCAUCCUUCCCGGACUGUUCAAGUUCCUCCGCAUAGGGAUACUCUACCAGGAUGUCAACGACUUCUACACGGAGGCGGUGUCAACAAAUAUUCGCUACCGAGAGAAGAACGCCCUCAAGCGUCCAGAUUUCAUUCAUCUCCUAUUGCAGGUGCGUAAAAACGAGCUGAAUUGUGAACAGACCGACGACGAAGGUCUCGCUAGUGCCGGUUUUUCGACAGCCGAAACGCACACUCUUUACAAAACCGAUGAUCCGGGUGAAAAGCUUGAAUGGCGUGACAUCGACAUCACGGCGGCCGCCGCAUCGUUCUUUUUUGGAGGAAUAGAGACCACAACCACUCUGCUAUGUUUCGCGAGCUACGAGCUGGCGGUGAACCCUUCCAUUCAGGCCCGGUUGCGAGCUGAAAUAGAUCUCGCACGUGAAGAACUAGAGGAUGGGAUCACUCCGACCUACGAGGUCCUACAGAAGAUGAAGUACAUGGAUAAGGUUGUCUCGGAGACGCUGCGUCGUUGGACUCCAUUUGGAUUGACAAAUCGUCGAUGCACCAAAGACUACACCUUCACCAACUACGACGGAACUCAGAUCACCAUCGAAAAGGGAUUGAACAUCUCGAUCCCACUGAAAGCGUUCCACCUGGACGAGAAAUACUUCCCCGAUCCGCUGCGCUUCGACCCGGAACGGUUUUCAGAUCUGACCCAAAUCAACCAGGAUGCGUACGUCCCCUUCGGCACGGGCCUCCGGAACUGCAUCGGCUCGCGGUUGGCGCUGAUGCAGGCGAAAUGCUUCCUUUUCUACAUGCUGUCCAACUUCUCCAUCGAGCCCGGACCUAAACUGACCAUUCCCAUCGUGCUGGAUGAGACGUCCGCCGGCCUGAACGCGAAGCAUGGCUUCUGGAUGACUCUGGUCCCGCGGAAUAUUUAGGCGAGCCUUCGUCACCGGGAAGGUGAGAGAGGUGCUGAUAAGAUAACGACCAUGUGUUAGCUUCAUUGAAAGAUUUGAGUGUCCCCAAAAAACGAGACCGAUACAACCUGGCGGACGAGGUGGUUUAUGUGUGCUUGUGAUAUCCCAACUCGGUUGAUUGUGAAGAACGUGUUGAUUUAUGUUCCUUACGUAUGGCAUUGCGAAUGAGCCCAAGAUAUGUUGUUGUUAGAAGCUCAAUAAAACAAAUAUGUUUCGG